AACAAGGGCGGCAAGUAGUUGCAACUAUAUACUAGUAUUGUGAAAUUGUGAUAAAUAUCAGACUUGAUAGUUAACGAUUCGACGAGAUUCGAGAUUCAAAAUGGCGGUUCCACCUGAUGAUUGGCGUCCACAGUAUGUUACCCUCGAAACAUCUAUGGGAAAUAUUCAAAUCGAACUAUACUGGGAACAUACACCACGAACAUGUCGAAAUUUUGCUGAACUGGCGAGAAGAGGCUAUUACGACAAAACAAAGUUUCAUCGAGUUAUACCGAAUUUCAUGAUUCAAACUGGUGAUCCUAGUGGUACAGGAAAAGGAGGAUCAUCGAUUUAUGGUCCAAUGUUUGAAGACGAGAUUCACCCCCAUUUGAAGCACACUGGUGCAGGUGUUUUAUCCAUGGCUAACAGCGGUCCAAACUCAAAUGGAAGUCAGUUUUUUAUCACUCUGGCACCUUGUCAAUGGUUAGAUGGUAAACAUAGCAUAUUUGGACGAGUGUGUAAAGGAAUGCAAGUGGUGAAGAAAAUUGGAAAUGUUCAAACAGAUAUAUCAACCGAUAGACCAACUGAAGACGUCCUCAUCAUAGAGGCGCUGUGUUCUCGCACUCGAUAAGAAGUGUCGGCAUAAUACUUGAAACGGUUGAUAGAUUGGAAGAAAGCAAAAUGACGAGGAUGCGAUAAACUUUAUGCGGGUGAUUAAUGCGGGUGAAUAUCCUCGCACAAAAAUUUCCCUGAAUGGAUGGAUUACAACACUUUACUAAUGGCAGUUGUUAUAAGAGAAAAUUCUAAAAAGAUUCAAAAAAUCAUUUUAACGAAAAGAAUCUGCAAAUCUGAAAA